AUGGAGGAGAGAAAUUGCACCACGGCAGCCCAGUUCAUUCUCUUGGGAUUACCAGACCAGCCAGAAUUAAAGCUCGUAGUGCUUCUGAUGUUUCUCACAAUCUAUGUGACCAUCCUCGUGGGGAAUCUCACUAUGGUAACCUUGAUCGAGAUCAGUCCCCAGGUUCACAGUCAUAUGUAUUUUUUCCUCAGGAACCUCUCUCUCGUAGUUGCAGUCUAUUCCUCUGGCAUUGUCUCCAAAGUUCUGAUCAACUACUUGUUGGAAACCAAGGUCAUUUCAUUUGGUGAGUGUGUGGUUCAGUUUUUCUUUCUUUCUUUCUUUGCAAGUAUGGAAUUCUUUUUAGCCACAAUGGCAUACGAUCGGUUCAUUGCCGUCUGUCACCCAUUGCUUUACACAGUGAUUAUGUCUAAGGAAGUCUGUAUUCUUUUGGGAGCCAGUUCAUACCUGCUUUCCUGUUUGAGUGCAGUUGUGCACACUAGCUCUUUAUUCAGAUUGUUGUUUGGAAGCUUUAAUAUCAUCAACAAUUUUUUCUGUGACAUUCCUCCCCUCCAUGCAAUCUACUGCUCCGACAUCUACAUUGCCAAUUUGGUCCACUUUGUUUUUACUACGUUGGUUUUAAUAAUCACCAUCGUGGCCAUUCUCUUUUCCUAUGUCUACAUUGUGGUUACCAUCCUGAGGAUCCAUUCUGCUGAAGGGAGAUGCAAAGUCUUCUCCACCUGUGCAUCCCAUAUCACUGUGGUCUUCUUAUUGUACGGGACCCUGUUCUUCAUAUACACCACCAGGUCCACCUCCACCAAAUCCCUGGAUCAGGGCAAGAUGGUGUCUGUGUUUUUUACCUUGGUGAUCCCCAUGUACAACCCUCUGAUCUACAGUCUGAGGAACAAAGAAGUCAAAGAGGCCUUGAAGAAGACAAAGUCUGGAGACUCUUCAGUCAGUAAAUGUAAUCAGUAA